ACCCCCAGAGCUCGUCCUGCAACCGGGAUAGACUUUCCUGCAGCCGCCUCUCCGGGGCAGGGUACCCUUUGCCCUCCUGGGUCCUGCACCAAGGCUCUUGAGUCAGACAGGGGGAGUCAGCGUUGGCGCCUGAGUGGUGGGCACUGCGCCUCGCGCGAGGUGCGGGAUGGCGAGCAAGGCGCUGCUAGCCGUCGCUCUGUGGCUCUGCGUGGAGACCCGGGCCGCCACUGUGGGUUUUCCCAGUGUCUCACCCGAAUCACCCACUCUUAGCAUACAGAAAGACAUACUUACAAUUAUGGCUAAUUCAACUCUCCGAAUUACUUGCAGAGGACAGAGGGAGCUGGACUGGGUCUGGCCCAACAACCAGAGCGCCUCUGAGGGACGGGUGGAGGUGAUGGAGUGCAGUGACGGCUUGUUCUGUAAGACACUCACAAUUCCCAGAGUGAUUGGAAACGACACCGGAGCUUACCAGUGCUUCUACCAGGACACCAAAGUGGCCUCCACUGUCUACGUCUACGUCCAGGAUUACAGAUCUCCGUUUAUUGCUUCUGUUGGUGACCAACACGGAGUUGUGUACAUUACUGAGAACAAGACUGUGGUGGUUCCAUGCCUGGGAUCCGUUUCAAACCUGAACGUGUCACUUUGUGCUAGGUAUCCAGAAAAGAGGUUUGUUCCUGAUGGCAACAGAAUUUCCUGGGACAGCAGGACGGGUUUCACCAUCCCCAGCCACAUGAUCAGCUACGCUGGCAUGGUCUUCUGUGAGGCCAAAAUUCACGACGAGACUUACCAGUCAAUCAUGUACAUAGUUGUGGUUGUAGGGUACAGGAUAUAUGAUGUGGUGAUGAGCCCCGCUCACGAAGUGGAGCUAUCUGUGGGGCAGAAGCUUGUCUUAAAUUGUACAGCGAGAACCGAGCUCAACGUGGGACUGGACUUCAACUGGGAAUACCCUUCUCCGAAGCAUCAGCAUAAGAAACCUGUAAACCGGGACCUAAAAACGCAGUCUGGGAAUGAGAUGAAGAAGUUUUUGAGUGUGCUGACGAUUGAGAGUGUAACGCGGAGUGACCAAGGCUGGUAUACCUGUGCAGCGUCCAGUGGGCUGAUGACCAAGAGGAAUCGCACUUUCGUCAGGGUCCAUGAAAAGCCUUUUGUUGCUUUUGGGAGUGGCAUGGAAUCUCUGGUGGAAGUCACGGUGGGAGAGCGAGUACGGAUUCCUGUGAAAUACAUCAGCUACCCAUCUCCUGAGAUCAAAUGGUAUAAAAAUGGAAGACUCCUGGAGUCCAACCAUACAAUUAAGGUGGGACAUGUGCUGACCAUCAUGGAAGCGAGCGAAAAAGACACUGGGAAUUACACCAUCAUCCUCACCAACCCCAUCACGGGGGAGAGGCAGAGCCACGUGGUGUCUUUGGUUGUGAACGUGCCGCCGCAGAUUGGGGAGAAGUCUCUGAUCUCGCCCGUGGACUCCUACCAGUAUGGCACCUCGCAGACACUCACCUGCACCAUCUAUGCCCUCCCUCCGCCGCACCACAUCCGCUGGUACUGGCAGCUGGAGGAGGAGUGCUCCGACCUGGCCAGCCCCUCUUCCUUAGCGACAAACCCGCACACCUGCAGAGAGUGGCGGCAUGUGGAGGAUUUCCAGGGAGGAAAUAGAAUUGAAGUCAACAAAAAUCAGUUUGCCCUAAUUGAAGGGAAAAAUAAAACCGUGAGCACCCUCAUCAUCCAAGCGGCAAACGUGUCAGCGUUGUACAAAUGUGAAGCCAUCAACAAAGCUGGGCGAGGGGAGAGGGUCAUCCCCUUCCACGUGACACGCGGUCCUGAGAUCACUGUACACCCGAGCCCACAGCCAACUGAGCAGGAGAGUGUGUCUCUGUGGUGCUCCACAGACCGCAGCACAUUCGAGAACUUCACCUGGUACAGGCUCAGCCCCCAGGCUCUGCCCAUCCACACCGUGGAGCUGCCCUCGCCCAUCUGCAAGCACGUGGACACCUUUGUGAAGCUCAACACGACCGUGUUCUCCAAUGGCACGAGUGAUAUUGCCAUCACCGAGCUGCAGAACGUGUCCCUGCAGGACCAAGGCCACUACGUCUGCUUUGCUCAAGACAGGAAGACCAAGAAGAGGCGAUGUGUGGUCAGGCAACUUCUAGUCUUAGAGCGGAUGGCACCCGUGAUCACCGGGAAUCUAGAGAAUCAGACCACAAGCAUUGGCGAGACCAUUGAAGUUUCCUGCACAGCAUCUGGGAAUCCUCCUCCACAGUUCACGUGGUUCAAAGAUAACGAGACACUUGUGGAAGACUCAGGCAUCGUGUUGAAAGAUGGGAACCGGAAUCUCACCAUCCGCAGAGUGAGGAAGGAGGACGAAGGCCUCUACACCUGCCAGGCGUGCAGCAUCCUUGGAUGUGUGAAAGCAGAGGUGUUCUUCAUCGUUGAAGGUGCCCAGGAAAAGACCAACUUGGAAGUCAUUAUUCUCGUUGGCACGGCGGUGAUUGCCAUGUUCUUCUGGCUGCUCCUUGUCAUCGUCCUGCGGACCGUGAAGCGGGCCAAUGGAGGGGAACUGAAGACGGGCUACUUGUCCAUCGUCAUGGAUCCAGAUGAACUGCCCUUGGACGAGCACUGUGAGCGCCUGCCUUACGAUGCCAGCAAAUGGGAAUUUCCCAGGGACCGGCUGAAGUUAGGGAAGCCUCUUGGCCGUGGUGCCUUUGGCCAGGUGAUGGAAGCCGAUGCUUUUGGAAUUGACAAGACAGCAACCUGCAAGACGGUGGCCGUCAAAAUGUUGAAAGAAGGAGCAACACACACUGAACACCGAGCCCUCAUGUCUGAACUCAAGAUCCUCAUUCACAUUGGCCACCAUCUCAAUGUGGUUAACCUGCUGGGUGCCUGCACCAAGCCAGGAGGGCCACUCAUGGUGAUUGUGGAAUUCUGCAAGUAUGGAAACCUAUCAACUUACUUACGGGGCAAGAGAAAUGAAUUUGUCCCCUACAAGACCAAAAGUGCACGAUUCCGGCACGGGAAGGACUAUGUUGGGGAGAGCCCAGUGGAUCUGAAACGCCGCUUGGACAGCGUCACCAGCAGCCAGAGCUCAGCCAGCUCAGGCUUCGUGGAGGAGAAGUCCCUGAGUGACAUGGAGGAAGACGAAGCUUCUGAAAGUCUGUACAAGGACUCCCUCACCUUGGAGCACCUCAUCUGCUACAGCUUCCAAGUGGCCCGUGGCAUGGAGUUCCUGGCAUCUCGCAAGUGCAUCCACAGGGACCUGGCAGCACGGAAUAUCCUCUUGUCAGAGAAGAACGUGGUGAAAAUCUGUGACUUUGGCUUGGCCCGGGAUAUCUAUAAAGACCCCGAUUAUGUCAGAAAAGGAGAUGCUCGCCUGCCUCUGAAGUGGAUGGCCCCGGAAACCAUUUUUGACAGAGUCUACACAAUCCAGAGUGAUGUGUGGUCCUUCGGUGUGCUGCUCUGGGAAAUAUUUUCCUUGGGUGCUUCACCCUAUCCUGGGGUAAAGAUUGAUGAGGAUUUCUGUAGGCGGUUGAAAGAAGGAACCAGAAUGAGAGCUCCUGACUACACCACCCCGGAAAUGUAUCAGACCAUGCUUGACUGCUGGCACGGGGAACCCAAUCAGAGGCCCACGUUUUCCGAGCUGGUGGAGCAUCUGGGGAACCUGCUACAGGCGAAUGCUCAGCAGGACGGCAAGGAUUACAUUGUUCUCCCAAUGUCAGAGACUCUGAGCAUGGAGGAGGAUUCCGGGCUCUCUCUGCCUACCUCACCUGUUUCCUGUAUGGAAGAAGAGGAAGUGUGUGACCCCAAAUUCCAUUAUGACAACACAGCAGGAAUCAGUCAGUAUCUGCAGAAUAGUAAGCGAAAGAGCCGGCCUGUGAGUGUAAAAACAUUUGAAGAUAUUCCACUGGAAGAACCAGAAGUAAAAGUAAUCCCAGAUGACAACCAGACCGACAGUGGCAUGGUUCUCGCGUCAGAAGAACUGAAGACUUUGGAAGACAGGAGCAAAUUAGUUCCAUCUUUCAGUGGGCUGCUACCCAGCAAAAGUCGGGAGUCUGUGGCAUCAGAAGGCUCCAACCAGACCAGCGGCUACCAGUCAGGGUACCACUCUGAUGACACAGACACCGCAGUGUCCUCUGGCGAGGAGGCAGAACUUUUAAAGCGAGUGGAGGCUGGUGUGCCUGCUGGUGGCUCAGCCUUGGGGCUCCAGCCUGGCUCUGGGACCAGGCUGAGCUCCCCUCCUGUUUAAACGGAGUUACUGCCUGCCCCAGCUCCUGGGACUCACAGGAGAGGCAGGACUCAGCUGACCAGCAUUAAGAACAGCCACCUGUGACUACAUUUCCCUAAAAAUCCACACCAAAAGGACCUCACUCGGACUGCAGGGAGGCGCUUUCUGAGCGGACGCUUGCGACCCAAGAAUGUGUUGGCAUCUUCUUCCAGUGUCGAUUUUCUUCACUUUUGGCUAUUUCCAAAGUGAUUCUCAGGCGUGCACUUGUGGUCCUCAGAUGGAGAAGGGACUGCCUGUCUGGAAGAAGUGGCUGUGAAGCGGGAAGAUGAAGCAGCUGCGUCAGUGCUGCCAGUGGUGAAGACAGUGAUGAGUGGCAGGACCGGAUUCAUUUGCGGGGCUGGGUUUGGAUGCAGGACUGAAGCCAUGCUCAGCUCUGGCAUUGGGACCCCUGACUGGAGAGGAGGACGUGUCCUGCCUUGUGAGCCUUGGCAGAACCUGCAGGCGCCUGGCGGAGGUGGCUGUGCGGUCUCUCGGGAGCAGUGCAGGCUUAGUACCAGGAUCUGGUCGGAGGACGUGGCGUGCUCUUUGCAGUUGGACCCAAGGAGAGUUCCUGGUUGUAUUUCCGACCCCUAAUGAGAGUUCCUUCCGGACCUUGAUGUGGCUCCUGGCCGAGCCCCAGGAAGGAAGGAAGUGAGACAGGCCUGGCUCCUUGUCUCCCAGGCUGACCCGCCAUUCACAGCACCACAGAGAGAAAUGACAUUCAGCUGAUGCUCCCUGUGUCGGCCGAAAGUGUGACUCCACAAACUAACUUCUAGAUGCUCUGGAUGGGUGGAUGCAUCCAGGGAUGUCUGGGCCUGACAGCGGCAGGUGCAGUGUUGAUGGGAUGUGCAGGUGGGAUGUUGAAGUUUCCGGAAGGCUUUUACCUUCCUGUCCCAACCCCUUGCUCCCAUCUGGACCCCCACUUUGGUUCUUUGGAGCCCUGAACACUCCAGUAAACCCAACUUGACUUGUUUGUUCUCUGUUAGCGACUUCUCAGCGUUACUUCAUAGCUAAAGCCAUAACAACACCUAUUGUAUUAUUUAGGCGUUUAACAAAUGUCGCUACUUCUAGGCUUUACCCUUGUUCUUUCUGUCCUUUUUUUUCUUCCCUAAAGGAUCUGUUUUUCCAUUGGUAUCACAGCUUGAGAUGCUGGGAACAAUGACUCUAGAACAUGCUAUGGCACACAUAUUUAUAGUCUGUUUAUGUAGAGACAAAUGUAAUAUAUGAGAACCGUAUAAUAUAUAUAAUGAACUUUGUACUAUUCACACUGUAGCAGUAUUAUGUAGCAUAACCGUGUUCAUGAUGCUUUCAGCAAUUUAUGUCAUUUUAUUAAAAAAGUGAAGAGCUUGAA